GAUGAAAACUUUCUCAGAGUCCCACAAGACGGUGUUUGUGGUCGAUCACUGCCCAUACAUGGCGGAAUCCUGCAGACAGCAUGUCGAGUUCGAUAUGUUGACCAAAAACCGCACGCAGGGAAUCAUCCCCCUGGCACCAAUCUCCAAAUCGCUGUGGACGUGCGCUGUGGAGGCAUCUGUGGAAUAUUGUAGAAUAAUGUAUGAUAUAUUCCCCUUUAAGAAACUGGUGAAUUUUAUAGUUAGUGAUUCAUGUUCCCGGAUAUUGAAUACUUGGUCUCAAGAGGACCAAAACUUGCAAGAGUUAAUGGCAGCCUUGGCCUCGAUUGGGCCCCCCAAUCCUCGGGCAGACCCGGAGUGUUGCAGCAUUCUCCAUGGGCUGGUAGCAGCUGUGGAGUCCUUGUGUAAGAUCACUGAUUACCAGCAUGAGUCCAGGACGAUGCUAAUGGAGAAUGCAGACUGCGUGGCGAAUAGGGGACGCAUCAUCUGUCUCACCAACGCCAAGAGCGACAGCCACGUUCAGAUGUUGGAGGACUGUGUCAGCGAGACCAUACAUGAGCACAACAAGCUGGCUGCCGGCUCCGAUCAUCUCAUGCAGAUUCAGAAGUGUGAGCUGGUGUUAAUUCACACAUACCCAGUCGGGGAUGACAGCCUUGUGUCUGAUCGGCCCAAGAAAGAGCUGUCAUCUGUAUUGACCAGCGAAGUCCACAGCGUCCGGGCCGGUAGGCACCUCUCCACAAAACUGAAUCAUUUAGUCCAGCUGAACUUUGACCUGGCUUCCACCACCAUAACGAACAUCCCCAUGAAGGAAGAACAACACGCUAACACGUCUGCCAACUACGACGUGGAGCUUCUCCACCACAAGGACGGACACAUAGAGUUUAUAAAGAAUGGAGAUGGAAACAGUCGGGAAGCUACACUGAAAGAGACAGUCACUCUGAAGUGGUGCACACCAAGGACAAAUAGCAUCGAAUUGCACUACUGCACAGGAGCAUUUCGAAUAUCGCCGGUAGAUGUGAACAGCCGACCGUCUUCCUGCCUUACCAACUUUCUGUUAAAUGGCCGCUCGGUGCUGCUGGAGCAGCCACGUAAGUCCGGAUCCAAAGUGAUCAGUCACAUGCUGAGCAGCCACGGCGGGGAAAUUUUCCUGCACGUCCUGAGCAGCUCCCGGUCCAUCCUGGAGGAUCCUCCAUCAAUCAGCGAGGGCUGUGGAGGAAGAGUCACCGAUUAUAGGAUUACGGAUUUUGGGGAGUUCAUGAGGGAGAACAGACUCAUGCCCUUUCUGGACCAGCGGUACAGGAUAGACGGAACGCCGGAAGUUCCCCUGGACCGAGCGAAGUUCCAGCUAGAGCGACACACGCGGUACUGGCCAAUGAUUAUCUCACAGACCACCAUUUUUAACAUGCAGGCGGUCGUUCCUCUGGCCAGCGUUAUCGUGAAGGAGACUCUGACGGAAGAAGAUGUCCUGAACUGCCAGAAAACCAUAUACAAUCUGGUGGAUAUGGAGAGGAAGAAUGACGCCUUGCCCAUUUCUACAGCAGGCACACGGGGGAAAGGACCAAAGAGGGACGAGCAGUACCGCAUUAUGUGGAACGAGCUGGAGACACUGGUGCGAGCUCACGUUAACAGCUCUGAAAAGCACCAGAGGGUGAUGGAGUGCCUGCAAGCCUGCCGUAGUAAGCCGCCAGAGGAGGAGGAAAGGAAAAAGAGAGGAAGAAAGAGAGAGGACAAAGAGGACAAGCCUGUUGGGAAGGACAUUGAACACGAUAAGAAGUGGACAGAAUCUGAGAGGAUGAAGUCAUCCAUAGAUCGGGAAAAGGAGGACCUGGCAGAGGCUGAGAUUAUAAAGGACUCCCCCGAUUCUCCAGAGCCCCCCAACAAAAAGCCGCACAUUGUCGUAGAAGACAUCACCCCUGUGGAGAAAGCUAAAGGCCCCAUGUCUCUGCUGUCUCUGUGGAGUUCGAGAAUUAAUGCCGCCAAUUCCAGGAAACAUCAGGAGUUUCAUGGACGUCAGAACUCCGUCAACAACAAGGCUGAACUGUACCAGCACCUCAAGGAAGAGAAUGGAAAUGAUCCUGUUGAAAACGGAAAGGCUGGAAGACAGUGAUGAACUUUGUUUCUGGCACACAGCAAUGAAUUCAGUCAUUUUACAGAUCAUGGAUCAAUUUUGACUAUUUCGGCCUCUUUCUAUCACCUGUAAAUGUGCAGACUUCUAGCAUAUUAUUUUAAUACAACGAGAAGAAUAAGAUAUCAGUUUUUUGUCGAUAACAACAAACUCAU